AUGAAUAACGAAUUUAAGAAUCGGGAUAAACUUAGAAAACAAAAGGCCAAAGAAAAUGAAACACCUGAUCAGAGAGACAUGCACCUUGCCCGAGAACAUGAUCAAAAACGUAAAAAAAGAGCAAUAGAAUCAGCAGAAAAACGUGAACAGCGACUUGCACGAGAUCGAGAACGAAAGCAGCAAAAAGUAGCAAUGCAAAAAUAUAAAGAAGGUAAUGAGUUAGAAGAAAGCAAUAACAGUCGUAUUACUACGCCGCAAGGACCAGAACAAGUAGAAAAUGAAGCAGUAGUAUAUAUUAAUCCACAUGAAGUGGCUAAUAUUAGUGAGAUUGAGCAAAAUCUUCUGAAUAGAUUUUGUAGUAAAAUGGAUGAGAUUAAUUUUACUCUUUGCCCUGUCUGCAAUGAAAGCUUUCCUGGCAUUGUGCUUGUAAUAGGAAGUUGUCGUCGUUGCAGUGCUGAAAAAACAAUGCCAAAAAAGUUUUCUGCUGAAAACAAUAUGGAUCCUAAGGAAGUUCCUGAAGAACUUCAAGGACUUACAGAAGUUGAGGAAAUGUUGAUAUCACAAGUCUUUACCGAUAUACAAGAGUUCACAACCCACCUUCCCCGGAAUCCAUUAUCACUAAACAUGCUUAUUGUGCAGUGUAAAUCUGAAAAUCAUUCUGGAUCAUUUAGAGACUUUUAUGUUCGCCAUUCUAAAGUUACCUGCACAUUAUACUGGCUAAAAGGAAAUAAUCGAUACUACUUCAACAUUAUCAUAGAUAACGAAAUUCUUCAAUCAUUACCAGAAGACGAUUAUAUUGAUAGCCAACUUCCACAGAUUCAAAGUGAUCAUAACUUAAACGGAACAAAUGAUGAUGACAUAAUUACUCGCACUUUUGUCCCUUUUCUUCCUUCUACUGAUAGCAAAAAUACUGCAAUUAACGGCACACUUAAUCGAUUACAGUCAGGUUACAUUGCACGUGCAUUUCCAACAUUGUAUCCAACCGGUCAUGCUGACCUUCGUGCUGAACGAAUUAAAGAUGUCAAACCAGCAGAAGCAUUACAAGAAGGAAGUAUAUACGUUAGACAAAAGCUGAAUGAUGAACAGCUCACUGUUGCAGAUAUUCAAGAUAUGAUUUCAGAAGGUUCACGAGGAUUAGUAUUUUUUACAUUUAGCGCUGCCGACCUACAUUGGCCAGAACUUCACAAGCUUAUAAGAUCGAGUGGAUAUUAUGAAGAGAGAGAAACAUCUAGGCAACAUUGUCAAAAUAUAAUCAACAAUCCUCACAUCAUUUCCUGGUUUUUCAAUAAGCAGUUUGAAAUAUUUUUUGAGAAUGUACUUAAGCGACAAUGGGAGCUAGAAGAUUGGUGGUAUAGGUUUGAAUGGCAGCACCGUGGUAGUGUCCAUGUGCAUGAAAUCGGAAAAAGACAAAAUGCACCUGAAAUUAACUGGACACAGAUGAAAGAAAAUGAGAAUUUGAUAAGCGAAGUAGUGCAGUAUCUUAACAAUUUGGUCACUACAAUAAAUCCAGGACUUAAUGCGCCAGUACCUACCUGCCAUCCAUGCCGAAAAAACCAUAAUGAGAUUAAUGAUGAUAUACAAGACUAUAUCGAUUUGGUAAAUAAGGUACAGAGGCACACACAAUGUAGUUCUUCGUACUGUCUUCGUACAAACCAAGCUGGGCAGAUGUUCUGUAGAAACGGUUAUCCUAAAGAAAAUAGUGAAUAUACUUUUUUGCGCGAUGAUCACCACGGUAAACCAGAGCUUAUUACUGCAAGAAAUGACCCCAUUCAUGCAGCCUUGCAAUAUAUUGCUAAGUACGCAAGUAAGGCAGAACCACGAUCUACUGCCUUUUCUGAAAUAUUAAAUCAGAUACUUCGAGACAGCAGAUCUGAUGAUCCAAUACUCGCUCCAGUUCAAAAAUUGCUGUUGCAUAGUGUUGCAGAAUGUGACAUCUCGGCUCAGGAGACUUGUCAUCUUCUUUUAGGUAUACCACUAUAUCAUUCAAGCCGUUCAUUUGUUACUCUGAAUCUAAACAAAGAAGCACCACGAUGGCUUCAUGGAACAGGUAGCAGGGAAGGUAAUGAAUCUAUUAUAGUUAGUAAUGCCAGGUGGACAGCGAAGUCACCUGUAAAAAUUUAUCAAGAAAGGCCUGUAGAGUUCGAAAAUUUUUCAUUAUUUCAUUUUAAUUUGAUACACAAAUUUACUAACAAUCACUGGAAAAGAUGUGAACGUCAAAAUGUAAUACGAAUCUGGCCACGGCCGCCACCCCUGCGAAAUGGCCCUCAGUGGGAAGAAUUUUGUUAUAUAAAGGUUCUUCUUCACGUUUGCUAUCGAGAUCUUCAUCAAUUGACUGAAAAUGAUUCAAUAACAUGGACUGCUUUAUAUAAACCAGAGAUGGGUCCAGAUGCAACUAUUAAUGAUUCUUCCGCUAUUGGAUCUCAUAGCAUAGAUAAAAAUUAUGACUGGGUUAGUGAGAGUAGACACAAAUAUUCGAACAUAGAUAUUAUGGAUGCUAGCAAUUUUGUACGCCAAGCUUCUGGUAGUUCUAGGACAGCAAAUCGUGAUGAUUUAGACUCUGAAAUUAUUGAUUACGAAACCUUAAAUGAAAAUCAGAAAAGUGUCAUCAAUCGAGCAGAAUUACAUUACUGUAACAUUCUUACUGGGAAUCAAAUUGAGCCACUAAGAAUAGUUGUAAUGGGAACUGCAGAUACUGGAAAAUCGUAUUUCAUUAAAGCAAUUCGAAACAGACUUAAUAUGAUGGCUGGAGCUGCUGUUAAGUCACCAGUAAUUGUAAUAGCAUCAACUGGGGUUGCUGCAUUUAAUAUUAAUGGGUUAACGAUCCACUCAGCACUUUUUGUUCCUGUAUGUACUAAAAAUGUUGAUAUAGAUGGUGAAAGAUUGAGGCAAUUGCAAGAAAAGUUACAGAAUGUGAACUACUUUAUUAUAGAUGAGAAAAGUAUGGUCGGACACCGAAUGAUAGCUUUAAUUGACAUAUGGCUACGGCAAGCUUUUCCUGAAUGCAAAAACGAAUCCUUCGGUGGAUGCUCCAUUAUUAUGUUCGGUGAUUUUGGUCAGCUCUCACCUGUUCUAGAUCUUCCCAUGUAUGCAACCAGUAUAUCACAAGACCUAUUGUCUAAUGACAGUCUCAUGGCAUACACGCAAUUUAAAGAGGUGUACAAACUUGAUGUGAUUGAAUGUCAAUCAGGAAAUUCCGAAGAACAACAGAAGUUCAGAGACAUUCUUUUACGGUUGCGAGAUGGUGAGUCCACCUUAGCAGAUUGGGAAACCCUUACCACACGAUUUGAAGAGAAAAUAACUGAAAUAGAAAGAAAUCAGUUUUCGGAGGCUACUUUUAUUUUACCUAAAUGGUCUGAAGUUGAUAUAGUAAAUUUAGAUCAGCUUACCUCUCUGAAGCAUCCUGUUGCUAAAAUACUUGCAGUACAUAGUGGUAGGCGUGAUGCUAAACGAGCAGACUCUGAUGAGGCCAUGGGUUUAGAAGCUCAACUGUUAUUAACUAAAGGUGCUCGUAUUAUGCUAACCGCGAACCUAUGGACUGAGACAGAGUUAGUAAAUAGAGCAAUUGGAACAGUUCAGGGUAUUCUGUAUAAUGAAGAAGGACUGCCUUCUCUUCCUAUAGCAGUUCUCAUAUCCUUUGAUAACUAUCGAAGGCCCACUAUUACUACUUUAGAAGGCACAGAAGUAGUUCCAAUUGCACCCAUUAGACUGCAUAAGAGUCAAGGUCUUACACUUACAAAGGCUAUAAUAGACCUUGGAUCUAAAGAAUUUUCAGCAGGUCUUUCGUUUGUGGCAGUAUCUAGG